CCGGAAAGUGUGCGUUGUAAAGCGGGCGGUGCCGUCUUUGUACAUCCGGUGGGUUCGAACCUUUCACAAGCAGCGAAGAAGGAGAGAGCUGCUAACUAACGACAGACACUCCGCUGUUAGCGUCAACCAUCAGUCACAACAAGUAACACCAAAAAGCUUUAACAUUACAUUCAGCUCCGCUCGGGCAGUCGUGUAACAUUUUGGCGUGACACAUACACUAGCCGUAUCCUGAUCGUCUGGAUUAAUCACAGCGAAGGUCCUCCACCUUCUCCUUCCUGUGCCAGAUGUUGAGGCCAGCGAUCAGUCUGUUCAACAACUGUUAGAGGUGACAGGGUGAGGACGGGGGAGGAGUGUCAGUUAGCUGUACCAGGUUUGGUCUCAUGAGAGUGACUGUGCCAUCCAGGCACUGCCAGUGACCAGGGCUGUGGCUGUGGUGGGCCCGGCCCAGGAGGCCUUUUUGUACAUCUUUCCAGGCCCCUGCUGACCUGUGCUGCUCACACCAUGGAUCAACAGAGAGAUAAAUAUGGCGAGCGGCCCGCCAGGAGCACUAAAGUUUCCCAGGGAAGCCGCAGCGGACACUCGUCCCGACCAUCUGGCUCCUCCAGCUCAUCUGGGGUUCUCAUGGUGGGGCCAAACUUUCGUGUGGGCAAAAAGAUCGGCUGUGGAAACUUUGGUGAAUUGAAGCUUGGUAAAAAUCUCUACACCAACGAGUAUGUAGCUAUUAAACUGGAACCAGUGAAGUCGAGGGCACCGCAGUUGCAUUUAGAGUACCGGUUCUACAAAACACUGGGAACUACAGCUGAAGGCGUGCCCCAGGUGUUCUACUUUGGACCCUGUGGGAAAUACAAUGCCAUGGUUCUGGAGCUGCUGGGCCCAAGUCUAGAGGACCUCUUUGACCUUUGUGACAGGACCUUUUCACUGAAGACUGUCUUAAUGAUAGCUAUUCAGCUGAUUUCUCGAAUGGAGUAUGUGCACUCUAAAAACCUCAUCUAUAGAGAUGUAAAACCUGAAAACUUUCUCAUCGGACGGCAAGGAAAUAAAAAGGAGCACAUCAUCCACAUCAUAGACUUUGGUCUGGCCAAAGAGUACAUCGACCCUGAGACCAAAAAACACAUUCCAUACAGGGAGCAUAAGAGCUUGACUGGCACUGCCCGAUAUAUGUCCAUCAAUACACAUUUAGGCAAAGAGCAAAGCCGGCGAGAUGACCUGGAGGCCUUAGGCCACAUGUUCAUGUAUUUCCUUCGCGGGAGUCUACCGUGGCAAGGACUAAAGGCCGAUACGUUGAAGGAACGAUACCAGAAGAUUGGAGACACAAAACGAAACACUCCCAUCGAGGUCCUCUGUGAGAACUUCCCAGAGGAGAUGGCCACCUACCUGCGAUAUGUGAGACGGUUGGACUUCUUUGAAAAGCCAGACUAUGAAUAUCUGCGAACUCUGUUCACUGAACUGUUUGAGCGAAAAGGGUACACCUUUGACUACACUUACGACUGGGUUGGCAGGCAGAUACCCACACCAGUGGGGUCUGUCCAUAUAGACUCUGGAGCAUCUGCUGUGACGAGAGAGAGCCAUCCUCACAGAGACCGGCCCUCACAGCACCAACCAAUUCGAAAUCAGACAGCGGUCUCAGAUCGACGAGGAGCAUGGGAGGUGCAGCCCACACGCCAAGCAAACUCCUCCUAUCUGACCUCCCACCUGGCAGCGGAUAGGCACGGGGGCUCAGUGCAGGUGGUCAGCUCGACCAACGGGGAGCUGAAUGCAGACGACCCACUGGCCGUCCAUUCCACGCAGCCCAUUGCAGCUCAGGCAGAGGUGGAAGUGGUCGACGAGGCCAACUGCGUGAAAAUGCUCAACCUGUGGUGCUGCUGCUUCUUCAAGCGAAAACGGAAGAAGAACACGCCGAGGCACAAAUGAUCAUCCACCACCGGCCUGAAACGCUCCAAGGUCCGGCUCAGUUGAUUGUGAUUUCAGAAAUCAAUAAGGUCCCAUUCAGAAAUUAAAGAGGGAGACAACUGAAAGAUCUUGAUUGAAAUGCUCCCUGGAGGGACCCGUUAAAAUGGUUUGUUGAGAUGUACAAGACGCUUGUGUCUUUUGAUGGGAGUCCCUUUUCAUGUUUUCUUCUUCUUUUUUUCCUCCUCCAAGAUGUGGUGGAAUGUUUUGCAGGCCAGUCGUCCAAAUGGAAACCUUUUUUGUUGGAAUUCUGCAGAGGAUACUUUUUUUUUUUUUUUUUUCCCCUUCCCGAGACACCCAGCAUUUGUAUUUUUCUCUCCUCGUUUUGGACUUUUUGCUCCCGUUUCCCUUCUGUGGUAUUGCAAAGGAGAAGACAGAUCUUCCUGUGGAAUCUUGCCACCUUCAGCCUGUUGCAUACUAUGAUGUCUUUGUUUGACUCACAAAAUCAUGUUUUUCAUUUCCCCUCUGUCAAGUCCCAGUUCAAAGUGGUUUACCCGUCGUUAGUUUGCGAACUCAUUUUGGACACAAAGCCCUUUUGGUCAUUCCUGACGUGGGACUGAAUGUAAACCUGAACACGCGGGAAGCCAAGAGCGUAACUGCCUAUCUUCAGGCACAAAGAGCAUCAGUCUGCCAUUUGGCCCCUGCACUUUUUUCCUCCAAAGAGGCCAACCCUGGCACUGGGACCCGGGCCUGAGAGACCAGAAGACCAGAGACGCCUCCUGCACUGUGUUCUCUGAGGAUGAUUUCUGCUCACGCUGCUUGGUUAAAGCACUCCCCUUAACCACGCCGCUGUUAAAACACACUACAGUCUCUUUUGACUCACAUGCAGUUUUGCUCGUGUUGGCUUUGUGAUAAUGAGCAGCGACCUGACACUUGUACAUGGGGCUGAAAAACUAUAUGCUAUUUAUGCUAUUUAUCUCUUGGUUGCCACCAGUUUUCUUACUAGUUCUAAAUCAUACACACUGAAUGUAUGGACAGAAACGUAAAUGACUUUGGAGCAUUUAUAUAAUCUGUCAUGCGCAUGGGAAGGAAAUUGCAGUUAAGGAGUUAAGACCAAUGUUUAAAAAAAAAAAAAAAAAAAAAGUGAGACCAAAACUAAGAUGAGAGGAAAGGGACGGUCUUACAUGUUCUUGAUCUUAAUAAUCUGAUGGUUAAUAAUGGUCUCUACACCAGUAGACACUGGAGGAUGUUGCUUUGGAGUGACGAGAGCAACUGGCGCGAUGUGCUUUGGAAAUGAAAUCGCAGCCUCUCAACGCUAAUGUCCAAUGCCUUAACCCCGACCAGUCGACCACCACGUCACAUCACCAGUUGGAUAAACAAAGUUGGCAGCAUGAUGGUUGUGAGGUUUGCAGUGCAAUUUUUUUGAGGUCACCUGUAUAAUAAAGGCCAAAAUUGUGGACUGUUCCCCAGCUAGUAUCAGAGCAGUUAAUGACUUCCCUUGUAACACUGAGGAUGUAUUCCCAAGAGAGAGCAAUGCCAAAUUGAAGGUUUGGUGUAAUAAUCUGUAAAGGUGUUGAGAAGUCCCCGCCCCUUGCGUGUCCAGUGUGAAGACCCCUGUGCUGCAAAGCGAUGUUUGAAUUUGGACGACUCUGCUAAACCACCCCGGCCCCUCUCCUCAACGCCUAGAGAGAAAACCCAACGUCGACGUGAUAAGUGAACAUGUCCAUACCAUUUUUUUUAAUUUCUUUUUUUUUUUUUUAUUUAGUGUCAUGGAGGACUGCCUUGAAACAAUAUCCUCGAAAUGUCACCUUGCCUAUCCUCCGAGCAGAGAGUGAAUUAACGUACAUAGGUGUUUUUUAUUUUUUUAUUUUAUAUCUUGCUAAUGUGAAUUUUUUGAAUGCAAAUUUCUUUUGUUUUGUUUUUCCAUUCCAAAUAGCCAUGGUUUUACGGGGAAAGAGAGGGUAACAAAAAAACAAACAAAAAAAAAGCUCAAGACCAUGACUGCACUACAUUUGUUGACCCCGGCUUUCCCUGACAAGACCCUGCCUUCUUAAUACUGUACUUUAAACGUGCUUAUUACUUUAAUUGUAGCUGCCUCGUGUGCUAGGCCUUCCCUAUAGGGUGCAGGGAAUACACUUUAAAUUUACUUUUAUCCCCGCCCACUCCAUUUUUGUACCAUGACGCCCUCCUUCUUUCCUCUCUGCGCGCGCACACACACACACACACACACACACACACAUAUGAAUCAACUCUCAGCGGAGUGUUAUAUUUGGCGUUUUGUGGACCUGCUCCAUCAUCUUUAGAAAUGCAAUGUUGUAGACUAUCUCAAUGAUCAGUAUGUAAACCUGCUUGUUGCGUGUAUUUACACUGUAUAGCUUUUGGUUUAUUCUCACCCCUGACAUGUCAGUUACUCCGGGGUCUAAGUUAUUGUGUUAUUGACAGUACUUGAAUAUGAAAGUCUACGGGACCUUUUUUUUUUUAAGUUUGUUUUUAUGUUCUCGGUCAUUAUCACAGUAAUUCCACACAGGAUUUGAGGGGAAUUGUGGGGAAAAUAGGCUGUUCGAAUGACAGGUAUUAAUUUCUUUGAGAUGUCUCAGUGCCUCCUUGAGUGUGUUUGACAGGUUGUGAGACUCACCUGGGGAGUCCUGUGCUAGCAGGUGUAAAUGAUCGCGUGUUUUCACCCAGAGGAGUUGCCGUUUAGAUGUUGGUUUGCAGGUAAAAAUCACUUUUCAGUCUCUGUGAAACAUUCACCAUAAUGUAUCUGUUGUCGAUGAAAACCUUCAUUAUUUCGGACACCAAACCUGUGACAUCUGCUGCCUGGGAUUCUCCCCACAAAGCAUUAGCGACAUGCCUUCAUCCCAGCUACCUGAGAAAAGUUGAAAAGUAUUUCUGUGUAGUGAGAUGGAUAUCCACACUAUAUAGCCUUCAGCGUUCCCCCUGAAUUCCCCGAGUGCCAUUCCUGAGACUACUACUAGCCCAUGCCUUUUACCUGUGCCAGGAAAAUAUGAAGUUGAAUGUUUUUUUUUUUUUUUUGACCAUCGCAUUCCACCUUGUGUCCUUGAUGUUUCCACUGUCAUUUUGAAAAAUCGCAGAGCAACAUGGUAUUCAGUACCAGGAAGUGUUGUCGGAGUUGUUAAAGAGUGCCGGAGGGGGGGGGAGUGUUUUUAUGAGUCGCUUCUGUUGGUUUCUCUCCCCUUAAUGUUGAAACCAACACCAUUUUAUCGACCAAGUUUAUGAUUUCGGAGUUGGAUUUGUGACUGGUCAUCUUUGCAACCUCUGCUUCUUCCUUAAACUAGGUCGCCUAACUCUUUAGCUCCCGGCUGAAAUGGUAGAUAUAGAUAUAUUACUCUAAUGUAUUUACUUUUUACUCUCUGGGCCUCAUACAGAGCGAUAUAGGAGUACUCUGUAUGGUUUGUAUCUGCUGCAUGGCUUAUCUGGAGACGACAGUGAGCGGUCUCUCUCUCUCGCUCUCCAGGGAAUUUUCUCCCCUGUGGAGCUCAUAUACUGUUGGGUCAGUGAGACAUUAUGGCUUCCAGUCCUCAUGUAAAACAAAUAACUUUUUCAUGUCUUCUCACAGCACAUUCCAUUUCAGUUCCCAUUAUUUCUGAUAUACUUCACUUCAGUCAGACUCGUGUUUUAUAGCUUUGGUUGUGUGUAAGUCACAUUCCUGUGUGUCAAAGCUGUGUAAAUCAAAGCAAAGGACAGUUAAAGUGUGAAUGAAUGAAUGGCUUAGGUCUUUAUGGGUUCUCUGGCACUUUUUCCUUGUUGCUGUACUGUAGAAUUGUCUUGGAUUUACUGUAUAUUUUUCUUUUUGAGGGAGAGGUUUUAGGGUGGCAUUUACUGCAAUAUUGUGAUGAUUAUUUGAAAAAUUGUAAAUUGUACAGAGUUCACAAUUACACUCUUCUUUCUGUUGGGAUAUAAAAUAUGUAUUCUUUGAUUUUUGUUUUCCUCUCAGACUGUGGAAAAUCAAAUUGUACAGCUCCAAGAGUUUAUCCUCCCCCUCAGCAUUGAUUUUUUUUUUUUUUUUUUCAGAGCUAUGAUUAAGAGAAAUCUUAAAACUGUAAAUAAACAUUAUUGUGUUGAAAUAUGAAUGUCACUUCAAAAAUGUAUUUGAAUGAGUUAGUCAAGGGCUUCAAGAAUGAAGGACCCACAUUUCUUCUUUUUAUGGUUUCAUAUUUUUAAUUUACAGAAAGAUAAAGGUCCUUUUUAUCUGAGAUACCUAUGUUUUUGUUGUUUGUUUUUUUUCCUCCUUGGAUUCAUACAAUACAAUGUGUCAUAUGAACCUUAUAAAAUCACUUUUUAUUCCCUCCACACCUAAAGGGAAACUCCAGUUUGCACCCUUUUUUAUGUAAAAUAAAUGAUCUCUCCACCUUG